AUGGCAACCAUUAAUGUGUCACCCAGCUUCGUCGUUCACACUUUUUAUUCUUUGUUAAUAACGGCUCUGGUGCUCACAAAACCUCUAAAUGUCGCAAGUUUGCAUCAAGCGAAGAUUUUUAAACCUGGGGACAUCAUUAUAGGCGGACUUUUCCCUGUUCAUAGAUCGACUUCGACGGACAGUUCGUGCACUUCCUUAUUCAAGGAAGGGGUCGUUUUAACUGAAGCCAUGGUUUACGCUGUGAAGUACGUCAAUGAAAAUAAACUGCUUCCCCAGCAAAUAACUUUAGGAUAUGAUAUUCGUGAUACUUGUGGCAAGGUAAUCACAGCGCUGAAGGAAUCUCUGGAUUUUGUAAAUGAAAGGAAGAAGGUUUCGAGUGAACGCGAAUCCAAUUCCACGACAAAUUUGUCGACCUUGACAUCGCUUCGAAAUCCGAUUGCAGUUUUGGGAGCAGGAAAUAGUGUUAUCUCAUCAGCGGUGAAUGAUAUUCUGAGCAUUUUUCGAGUGCCUCAAGUUGGCUACGCUUCCACGUCACGAUUAUUGAGCAACAAGAAUCGUUAUCCAACGUUUUUAAGGACAGUUCCCUCCGAUUCGCAUCAGGGAAAAGCGAUGGCGAGGAUCGUGUCCAAUUUGGGAUGGAAUUAUGUGGCAAUGUUUGCUUCAGAUGACGUAUACGGCCGACCAUUAGCAGAGACAUUCAAAACCGAAGCAAAAAAGCUUGGAAUAUGUUUGGCUCUUGAUAUUCUGAUCCCGUCCCACCCUCCCAAUGGCACGAUAAGAAAAUUGGUCAGCAAACUUCGCCAGAACAAAAAUCUCAAUAUAAUUUUACUCUUUGCUUCCGAAGAUGAAGCUGUUGAUUUCCUUCAAGAAGCCAUGCUGCAAAAUGUUGCUAAAAAGCUUUGGAUAGCUAGCGACUCUUGGGCAGACUCGCCGAAAAUUGCCGAGGACAACGCGGAGGUUGUCGAUGGCAUGUUACGAAUAAUCAACCAGCCGAUAGUUGUACCGGACUUCAUGAAAGACUUUUACAACUUGAACCCGUUUAACAAUCCUCAGAACUUCUGGUUUAGUCAGUUUUGGGAGGAAAUAUUUCAAUGCAGUAUUCUCAAACACAACAUGACAUUAUUAAAGGAAAACCGUUUUAGUCUAAGGGCCCAAUGCAAAGGGAAAGAAAAGCUGGCAGAUAAAUUCCUUCAAACAGAUGCAGUUUUUUCCCGAGUUUCUUACGUCCUAGAUGCGGUGCUCUCUAUUGUCUUCUCAGUUCGAAAAAUCUGUCAAUCAACACUUGAUACACAAACGAGUUCAGAAGUGCCCCGCAAGAAUGCUUGUAUCAACAAUAUCACACCUUCAUCAGUUUUGUCAAAGAUAUUUAACGUCACGUUCACUAGCGUGACAAACCGAACCGUAUUAUUCAACAAGAAUGGCGAUGGCAUGGGACGAUAUGAUAUAAUCAACUUUCAAAAACGCGCAGAAGGUGGACUUAACUCAACGUCUUUGAAAAUUGGGGAAUACGAUGGAGAAACAGGUUUCUUAAAAUUAGCCCGUAACUCAAUCCAUUUGCCAGGGGGUGUUACAUCUCCUUCUUUUGGCCUCUGCAGCCUGGAGUGUCCUCCUGGUACUUUCAAGGUGGUUUCGAAGCUCAUCUGUUGCUGGACUUGUUGGACUUGUCCCAGCGGCAGCAUAAGCAACACUGCAGGUGCUUCCUCUUGUACCCAGUGCCUCUCCAACAAAACUCCUAACGAAAGCAAAUCCAAAUGUGUUUCUCUUCCAAUAAGAUUCCUUCGCUGGGACAGCUCAUGGGCGUGGAUUGUAAAUGUUACCAUACUUCUUUGCGAGUUAACUUGUCUUAUCACCGUUGUUAUUUUUCUCCACAACAAAGAGACACCUAUUGUCAAGGCUGCUAACAGAGAGAUCAGCUUUUUGCUCCUUUUUGGGUUAAUGUCAGGAUUCCUGAUUCCUUUACUGUAUAUAGGUAGACCAACAGAUACCAUGUGCAAGAUACAAGUCAUUUCCUUCGGAACAAGCACCGUGUUUUCUUUGUCAAUGGUCUUGGCAAGAAUUAACCGAACGACUGUUGUUUUUAGAUAUAGCCAGGUAGCACGAAGGAGUCAAUCGAAAUUUGUAAGAAAAUACUUACGUUUGUUUUUAUAUAACCGAACGCAAAUCAUGCUCGCACUUGUUUUUACUGUCAUCGAGCUUUUGCUCUGUACUGCAUGGCUGUUGUCAAGGCCACCGAGGGUCACUACUCGCCGGCUCACCAUGAGAGAAAGAUUAUUGAUGUGUGAGGCGACUACCAGUUUAGGACAUAUAAUUUCGAAUGCGUUCAUCAUUUUUCUAAGUUUACUUUGUACAUUUGUAGCUUUCAAAUCGAGGAAGCUACCUCAGAAUUACAACGAAGCGAAGUUCAUUAGUUUCGCCAUGUUUGUGUUUAACUUCGUGUGGCUGACCUUUGUCAGUACUUUUUACGGAACUCCAGAGGGAGAGCAUAAUGUUAUCAUCAAUAGUUUUGCGAUUUUAGCAUCAAAUCUUGCCAUCUUGACUCUGAUAUAUGGUCCUAAGCUGUACAUUAUCCUUUUGCGGCCAGAUUUGAAUCAAAUGUCGGUGUUUAGAGCCAUCACGUCACAAUACACUUUCAGACCAAGUCGAAGAUCUUCCGCCAUUACAUCAGAUAUGAUGGGUAAUUCAUGCAUUUUGAAGGAAAAUAAAUAUGUACAAACCACCGUGGAAAUCAAAGAAGAAAUAUGCCAUGAACAAAUCUGCAAUGAACCUGUUCGUGUUGCAAUCGGCUUUAACAGUCAUGAUAAAGAAAUUAGUAAAACCGUAGAAGUGGAAGAAGAAGGUACAGAGAGCAAGGAACGGAAGGAUUUGGAACAUCGUACAUGGGGACACAUCAGGGUGCUUAACAUGAGGGCUAAGUCGGAUACCGCCUUGAGCAGAUCUUUUGACAACCCCCAUGCACUGGCUUUUGGAAAAACCGAAGGAAAGCGAGCAUGCGUGGAGCAUACUACGGACGAUGCGAACAUGCUCAUUCACCAGGAAAUCGUCAACCAAAGAGAAAAAUCGUCUCAUCGUAAAUACACAAGUUUGAAUGAAUUGCAAUAUCCUUUGAAGGCAGAGGCAGCAAAAGAAAGCAUGCAUCAUUUAUAUCGACAGGAGAAAGAACGGUGUGCAUUCUCAUCCAAAAAACAAUUGGAAAGUGAAGUGUGAGCAAACUUCUCUGAAAAACGUAACUAAACGAGAAACGUUCGAAUGCUCCGUGUUCAGAGAGCCUAAAAUCUUAUUCACUCGCUUCUGCCUUUCUCUCUAAUUGCCUCUAAGUCUUGUUAUGACACAUGACUUACCACGAAAAUUCUAAUUGUUCGAGAGCAUACAGUUAAAAUACGAUAGCGUGUGAAGUUGACAUGAUAAUCCAAUAUUUGCAACAUCUUUGGGUUAUAAUGUCGAGUUUAAAGUCUACCUAGUUUCCAAGCCCCUCUUCUGUUAGUGUCAACAAAC